UAUCAGUCAUCGUCCUGUCGACGGUCAGCCAGUAAGAGCAUGUGCCACCCAGAAGCUACUGACGUUUGGCGACGGCAGUGCCGUAAAGCCCACGUAGUCCUCUGGUUAUGGUAUUAUCUUCGCAUCUAGGGUAGGGAAGUUCAUGUGGUUGUCCAACCAGCGUCGUUGAAAAGGUUUCACGCAUGGGAGCGCUGUUGCUGGGAACCAUGUUUGCGACUUCAACCUCAGAAAUUUCUAUGGUCGCGCUUGAACGCGAAUCAUGCCAGAAAGUAUAUAAUCAAGUCCACCGCUCCCUCUUAUUUUUUCCACUCUAAGCAACAGAUUGUAUACACUCGUCCAAGCUCGACUCAUCAAGAUUUAGGAUUUCCCGCCGGACUAUCACCAACAAACUUCAGUCACCCGGGUAAACAUAAUAACUAAGGUUUCCUUUUCAAACUCCCAGCAAAUAUGUCAUCCAACUCUACUAUCACCGCUGGCAGCCAUUACCAGCCGUUGGCCACAACGCCUACGGUUCCAACCAUGGACGACUACUUUGACAGGAAUCUCCAGCCUUUGCUUCUUGCUCUGGCUGCAAAAGAAGACGGAGAAGAAACGGAAGAUGGUGAAGAGUUGGACUAUAGAGAUCCAACUCCUCCUCCUCAUCCUAUCGCGAAGGAUAAGUCCUCCGCUCUCAAAAUCCAUUUCCCAAAACGGAUCUGGAACGAGGUUGUUGCCGAGGGUGAGCUCGAUCGAGCGAAAGAAGUAGCAGCAAAGCCCAAGAAGAGUUCAAAGCGGUUGCGCUCGACAAGUAUUCUUGCCGUCCCCGAAGCUGAAGUGAGCGAACAAGAGGCGCAAGACAGCAGACCCAGGCGCCGACGUCGGGUCGAGACUGAGCAGGAAGCUGGGGAAAGUAGCCGCCGUGUGGAGGCGACAUCGAGUUCGGGUCUUGGUGCUGCAUCGAAACGAAGCAGUCGUAUCCCUCCUGCUGCUGGUCCAAGUAGUAGACAGUCACCAGCAGAGAACCCGUAUGCUAAACAAUAUUCUUCUAAUCGUACUCGUCCGGUAACUCUCGUCACCCGCUCGGUCCCAGCUCCCGCUCUCGCUACUAGAACCAAGGGCAAAGGGGAAGCUAAGGCUGAACCAGGACUUGAACGAGCACCCGCGUCUGAGCCCGCUCCUGCAUCCGUACCUUGGCCAAAGUCACAGUGGCCAAACUAUGUAGGCCCCCGCACAAUGUGGCUUCGCCUCUUCCCGCAUCUCAAUUGCGAGUUUAGCGAGUACAAAGGCGUACCGGACGCAUGGCGCGAAUUAAUGCUCUGGGACAAGGACCAAGGCUGCUGGAGAGCAAGAAGGCUAGACGGUUCCGAACCAUAUGUUAAACAAGUGUUGGGAGGUAUCGAGUUCAUAAGAGCUUGGUCUGAGAGGAGGUGGGGGCCUGAAAGCGAGAUGCAGAGGGAGUGGAAUCAGAAAAGAAGGCUGGCUGAGGAAGAGGCUGGUUUUAAGGAUUGUCUCAGAACCAGAGGGUAG